UAUCCUGAACGCUUGAGAACUCCUGCAAAUACUUGUGUGAUUAGCCCUACAUUACCAACAUCGAACAUUCAUGCAGGAAGCACCAAACACAAUGACGGAACCCGAACAAAAUAUUACUGAAUCCAGACAUCUCAAUGAAGUAAACCAUGUUGCUUCGACACUUGUUUCUUCAGAACCCCAUGGCGGCGCUGACAUAAAGUCGAGCCACAUAUUGCACCAGAAAGUCGUGUUAAUCCCGACGCCAAGCGGGGACCCCGAUGAUCCUCUGAAUUGGACACAAACCCGUAAAUAUGUCAUUCUUGCAGUACUAUCCGUCGCCACAUUUUCCGAAUUCACUGGCGCGCUCGCCGGCCAACUUGAGGUCGCACCACUCAGCAAGUCAUACCAUGUCGAGACAUCGGAGGUUGCGUACCAGAACUCAGCGGCCAACACCGGGAUGAUCAUUGGCAGCUUGAUUUUCUACCCUCUUUCCCAUGUUAUCGGCCGACCCUCUGCAAUAUUUUGGUCUAUGAUCGGCGUGACGCUCUCACAAAUCUGGGCCGCUCUCAUGACCAAAUCAGAUAACUACGAUGCUUACAUUAUAUCACGGGGCUUCGCGGGCUUCUUCGGAACAAUCGUAGGUGUACUGGGGCCACGAAUUUUAAUUGACCUGUUUUUCUUGCACCAGAGAGGUCGGGUAUAUACUAUCUUCUAUUUUUGGAUGGAUGUAGGAAAUGCGGUAGGGCCUUCAAUUUGCGCAUUUAUAGCCUCUGCAUCAAACUGGACAUGGGCAUUCUGGUGGGUGGCUAUUCUAUGUGGUGUAUCUGUACUAAGUAUCUGGUGCUUCCUGCCCGAUACAACUUGGGAUCGUCGAGAAGGAGCUAUUAAUCGGAAACCGAAACGGUCAUGGCUUAGGGAACGUGUCGAAACGUUCCUUCCCGGGACGAACGUUACAUCCAAAAAGCCUCCAGUGGAGAUAGUCAGACCUGCUGUCGUUCCUUUCAGAGUUGCUUUAACACCGGUGACCAUAUUGACAAGUCUAUUCUGUUUGUUGAACUUCGGCUUCUACGUUGGUAUGAACAGUGUGGCACCGGUGUGGCUUCAGAGGCCAGUGAAGUCGGGCGGCUAUGGCUUUACUGCCAACCAAAAUGCUUUGUUCCAAUUCUUUCAUUGGGUAGGAAUAGCUAUGGCUUUAUUGUAUGGUCAACUAGUCAGCGAUCACUUACCUCUUGCGCUGGCUGGCCGCUUCAACAAUGGAAAUUGGAAGCCUGAGUAUCGACUGCACGCGCUUUGGCUACCGGCUCUCAUUUGCAAUCCAAUCGGUCUUGGUAUCUUUGGCUAUGCACUCCAGAAUCAGCUUCCAUGGGGACUCCUUAGGUUUAGUCACAUCCUUGUCACGUUUGGUUCACUUUGUGUUACCCCCAUCACCGUCAACUACCUGUCCGAGUGUUUCACCAACAAUAUCGAGGAGACGGCGAUAGUAUUGAACGCUUUCAGAGUGGGAUUUGGCCUGUCACUUGUUUUCUACAUCAACCCCUGGGUAGCCAAGGUCGGCUUUGCUUGGGCGUAUGGCACUAUGGCUUUUAUCCAGGUUUUCUCGUGGCUAUUUCUCACUGUACUUAUGUUUAGAGGAUACCAGAUUAGACAGCUCAACCCUUUUGGAUUGGUUUCCACCGAGGAAGGAGAACAUGUCUUAGACAAGGAAAAGUCUGUCGCAUGUCGCAUAGAUAACAGUUGAUGAGAUGUUAAUAACAUUCCGUCGCUAAGCAACGCAAAAUAAAUAAAAUUUUGG